GUUUCACAUUUCUUUUAUUUAAGACUAUAACGGAAUUACAAGGUUCCUUGCGGGGGAGCAAAAUUUUCUCUCCAAUUUCAGCCAUUUUCAAGUGCUCCUUCUGAUUGGGAAAUCCUUGUGCAGCAAGAUACUCAUCAUGGAGAAACCAAGAUCUCCAUCUUCUAAUCAAAAUACCACCGUCUACAACCAAAACUACGUAUCAGUAUCACCACCAUCGUCUCCGCUUCAAAACCACCACCGUUACCGCCAAGAUAUAGCUACCGACUUCUCUUCUAUGUACAACUCCAUUUUCCCACCAAACUCUCCUCUCCCUCAUUCCCUGUCCCUCACGCCUUCCUCUUGCUCUUCCUCGGAUGACCUCCACCUUAAUCUCAAGCUCACGUCAGACGCCAUAGCCACCGAGCACCGCCUCAACCAGGCUCGUCUCAUCCUCGAGUAUCGGCGACUAUGUGACCACUACGACCUUUGCUUUACUCGCCUCCAAGCUCUCAUUAGAGAGCUAGAAUCUCUGCGAAGAGAGAAUACCGAUCUUAGGACGGCCAACACUGAGUUGAUCAAGCUGUUGAGCCUGCACUCGUCGUCCCAAGCUGCCAUGAACAGAAACCUGCAACACGAAGAGGUAUCGGAUUUGAACGUGAAAAGAUGGGAGAGGAGGAGUAGUAAUGGUCAGAGGAAUUCGCUGCCGAAGAGCGUUUCAGUCAGGUCUAGUAGUUAUCUUAAGGUCAACCAACAGCAAGGUUCGAGCAACCAGCAGCGAGUCGUCAACCCAUCGCGGCGAAUGUAUGUGCCAUCUGAAGCAAAAAGAGAGUUAGAGAAGGCAAUGGAAUUGGAGGUAUACAAUCAAGGAACCGUUAAGACGGAGCUGUGCAACAAAUGGCAGGAGACAGGCACAUGCCCCUACGGCGACCAAUGCCAGUUUGCUCAUGGAAUCACCGAGCUACGUCCAGUUAUCAGGCAUCCCAAAUACAAGACCGAGGUUUGUAGGGUGGUCCUCGCCGGUCAGACAUGUCCCUACGGCCACAGGUGCCACUUCCGUCACUCUCUUACCGAGCAAGAGCGACUACUAAUUCCACGUUAAUUCAAAUUAUUCGGCUCAAAGAAAAAAGUGUAAAUAACCCUGAUGCUAAUAAAACCAGAAAUGUCAGCAUGAAAAGAACAGUAUCCAAAGUCAUAAUUAUGAUAUAAUAAUUUGUAGUGUUAAAUGAGUUUAUAUAAAUUCAGAGUGUGUGAUAGUUUU